AUGUCAUCACGCACUGAUGAACAACAAUCACAAACACCGAACACGAGUGUUGCAUCGCAUCUGUCAUUAGACUCGCCGAUCCCUGAUCUGAGUAAUGACUCAAUAACGCAGGAGACUCUUGAUUCCCUGGAUAUACGACUAUCAAAAAGUUUGGACUGCACUGUGACCGACCCAAUCCCAAUUCAGGAAAUGAAAGAGACUAUCAGUCUGCUACGGUCAGAGUAUGCAAUCCUACAGAAUGAAUUUGAUAAUACUUCAUUGGAAAAUAACAACCUCCGUCAGCAACUUAGCAAAUUGGCAAAAGAAAAUGAUAUGCUAAAGGCCCUGUGCCAAUCUCCACUAAACGACAGCCAAACAAUUCAUUGCUCCAAAAAAAAGUAA